AUGGGGAAAUUCGACGAGAAUUCCGGCAGAUCGGUCGUCGAGCUCAGCGGGAAAUCUGCUGGCGGCGGCGGCGGGACUCUCUUCUCGGCGGCGGCGCUCGGGAGGAAACUGAUCGGCGUUCUAAUGUGCGGCGGCGUCUACAGGUCAUGUGGGAGGGGGAAGAGGGGGAAGGGGAAGUGGCGGGGGGACGUCGGACCUGCGCCUCCGUUGCCGACGGAGUCGAAGAUGGAGAUGAGAUUCGAGCGGCUGUGGGAGGUGCUGGAAUCGGAGAUGUCGGAUUUGGAGUUGGACGAGAUGUGCGCGACGGAGGAGGAAACGAGGAGGAGGACGGAGGCGCUCGCGGAGCUCCAGGGAGUGGUGAGGAGAUUGCAUUCAUACGAAGGAGCGGGGAUUAGUGAGAGGGAUGCUCUGAGGAAGGAGGCGGCGAUGGAGUUGAGGAGGCUGGCGAAGGACGACGCGGCGGCGCGCGAGACUCUGGCGAUGCUUGGGGCCAUUCCUCCUCUCGUGGAAAUGCUAGAUUCCGACGAGGUCGGACUGCAGGUGGCCUCGCUCUAUGCUCUUCUCAACCUCGGGAUCGGGAACAACGCGUACAUCCACCUCGCUCAAGUUUUGGAUCUCUUCUGUGUUUUGUCGUCCUCUUCCUCCGCGCCUGUGGCUGAUUGGAUUUCCUCACAUUUUCAGAAACAAAUCCGCCAUCGUCGCAGUGGGGGCCGUGCACAAGAUGGUGAAGAUAAUUGGCAGGGGAUCCGUCCCCUGGUCCGUAUCAGAGGCUGUCGUCGCCAACUUCUUGGCCCUCAGCGCCCUAGACGCCAACAAACACCUCAUCGGCUCCUCCGGCGCUGUGCCAUUCCUGGUCGAGACAUUCCGCGUCGUCGAUCCCCUCCAUGCACAGGCAAGGCUGGACGCCAUCCGAGCGCUCUUCAACCUCGCCAUUGCUCCCGAGAACGUCCCCUGCCUUGUCGACGCAGGCCUGGUCCCCGAUCUCCUCGCGGCCAUCGGUGACAUGAGCGUCUCAGAGAAGGUGUUGCCCGUGCUUUCCAGCGUGGUCUCUACCGUCGAGGGACGGACAGCAGUGAUCCGCACACCGGAGGCCUUCCACAUCCUGGUUGAUGUUCUCAACUGGUCAGAUUCGCCGAGGUGUCAGGAGGAGGCGGCCUACGUGCUAAUGGUGAUGGUUCACAAGUCAUACAGCGACAGGACGGGGAUGAUCGAGGCCGGAAUCGUGUCCUCUCUCCUCGAGCUCACAUUGGUCGGAACAGCCCUGGCGCAGAAGCGAGCGGCAGGGAUACUGGAAUGCCUGAGAGCAGAGGGAGAGGAACAGAUCUCCGAAGGAUUUCCCGGAGCUCCGGCCGUCGCCGCGCCAUUGACGGGCACUCGGGCGGAGGGAGGGCCACCAGAGACGACAGUGGAAGAGGAACCGGGGAUGUGCGAGGAGAGGCGAGCGGUAAAUCAGCUGGUACAGCAGAGCAUGCUAGACACAACCAGAAGAAUCCUGCGGCGGGCAAACUUACCGCCGGAUUUGUCUCCGUCCGGCAAUCUCUGCGCGCCCUCGGUCCACUCCACUGUUUCCAAGAGCCUACCAUUUUGA